CGCCUUGUAUGCAAAUUUGGCGGCGGGGCGGGAGCGCGCAGCUGAUACCCAGGGACUGGGCUGCGGCGGUUAGUCCUCUCCCGGCCGCCGUCGCCUCCGACAUAUUGCCCGCAGGAGCUGCGGCGGCGAAGCGGAGAGCGCCGGGGGGAGGAGAUGGGAGGACGAAGAGGUCCCAACAGGACAUCCUACUGUCGAAAUCCACUCUGUGAGCCAGGAUCCUCUGGGGGCUCGGGUGGGGGCCACACUUCCAGCGCAUCGGUCACCAGUGUCCGUUCCCGCACCAGGAGCAGUUCGGGGACGGGCCUCUCCAGCCCUCCACUGGCCACCCAGACGGUCGUGCCCCUGCAGCACUGCAAGAUCCCUGAGCUGCCAGUCCAGGCCAGCAUUCUGUUUGAACUGCAGCUCUUCUUCUGCCAGCUCAUAGCCCUCUUCGUCCACUACAUCAACAUCUACAAGACAGUGUGGUGGUAUCCGCCCUCCCACCCGCCCUCCCACACCUCCCUGAAUUUCCACCUGAUCGACUUCAACUUGCUGAUGGUGACCACCAUCGUUCUGGGCCGCCGCUUCAUUGGGUCCAUCGUGAAGGAGGCUUCUCAGAGGGGGAAGGUCACCCUCUUUCGCUCCAUCCUGCUGUUCCUCACCCGUUUCACCGUUCUCACGGCAACAGGCUGGAGUCUGUGCCGCUCCCUCAUUCACCUCUUCAGGACCUACUCCUUCCUGAACCUCCUGUUCCUCUGCUAUCCGUUUGGGAUGUACAUUCCGUUCCUGCAGCUGAACUGUGACCUCCGCAAGACAAACCUCUUCAGCCACAUGGCCUCCAUGGGUCCCCGGGAGGCGGUCAGUGGCCUGGCGCGGAGCCGGGACUACCUGCUGACACUGCGGGAGACGUGGAAGCAGCACACGAAGCAGCUGUACGGCCCCGAUGCCAUGCCCACCCACGCCUGCUGCCUGUCGCCCAGCCUCAUCCGCAGCGAGGUGGAGUUCCUCAAGAUGGACUUCAACUGGCGCAUGAAGGAGGUGCUGGUCAGCGCCAUGCUGAGCGCCUAUUACGUGGCCUUUGUGCCUGUCUGGUUCGUGAAGAACACACAUUACUAUGACAAGCGCUGGUCCUGCGAGCUCUUCCUGCUGGUGUCCAUCAGCACCUCGGUGAUCCUCAUGCAGCACCUGCUGCCUGCCAGCUACUGCGACCUGCUGCACAAGGCCGCUGCCCACCUGGGCUGCUGGCAGAAGGUGGACCCGGCGCUGUGCUCCAACGUGCUGCAGCACCCGUGGACUGAAGAAUGCAUGUGGCCACAGGGAGUGCUGGUGAAGCACAGCAAGAACGUCUACAAAGCAGUGGGCCACUACAACGUGGCCAUUCCCUCUGACGUCUCCCACUUCCGGUUCCACUUCUUUUUCAGCAAACCCCUGCGGAUCCUGAACAUCCUUUUGCUGCUGGAGGGCUCGGUCAUCGUCUACCAGCUGUACUCCUUAAUGUCCUCGGACAAGUGGCACCAGACCAUCUCACUGGCGCUAAUCCUCUUCAGCAACUACUACGCCUUCUUCAAGCUGCUCCGGGACCGCCUGGUGUUGGGCAAGGCCUACUCGUACUCGGCCAACUCCCAGAGGGACCUGGACCACCGGUUCUCCUGAGCCCCAGGGCAACCCAGGGGCUCCCUGGGAAGUAGCUGUAUGGGAGGGAUGGGUGAGGGGCAAAAAAAAAAACAAAAACAGACAAAAAAAUCCACCAGAGCUUUGUAUUUUUGUUACAUACUGUUUCUUUCUUUGAUAAUUGAUGUGAUUAUGAGGAAAAAAAGUCCUAUUUUUAUACUCCCAA